AUGGCAAGCUGCGAAUCCUGGGCGGACAAUACAUUUGGCCCAGUGGUGGCCUCUUGUGCUCGAUCCUUUGACUUCACUCUCCUCUUCGAGCAAAGCAUCCUCUCCAUUGUUCCCAAUACUAUCUUCCUGCUUUUUGCGGCCUCGCGCCUAUGGGUUCUACUUCAUGUACCAGCUCGUACCACCAAGUAUGGAUGGGCUUCUAUUACCAAAGUCACAAUCGCUUGUUUCCUGGCCGUCAUUCAACUGGUCCUCCUGCUGCUGUAUACUGCGGCAACGUCCACUGAAAACACCACGUCCCUUUCUGCGACUGUGCUGGCAAUGUGCGUGGCGAUAUUCAUUGCUCCUCUGUCAUACCUCGAACAUCAUCGUUCUGUUCGACCUUCGACCCUUCUCAACUCCUACCUUGCCCUCUCAAUCAUUCUUGACAUCCCUCAAACCCGCACACUAUACCUGUUACAUGGUUAUGGUGAUCUUGCAGGAGUAUUUUCCGCAGCGCUUGGAGUCAAAGCUCUCAUGCUCUUACUUGAAGCGCGGAGCAAGAGAAGCUUUCUCGAAGUGCAGUAUCAAGCGCUGUCAGUGGAAACCACCAGCAGUAUUUUGAGUCGUGGGCUGUUCGUCUGGAUGAAUAGUUUGUUCAUUCAAGGGUUUAAGAAAGUGAUUUCUUUUGAAGAUCUCGGUGUAAUUGACAACAAGCUCAACUCUACAACUAUUCACCGACGAAUACACGAUGAGUGGUCGAAGCAAGACCACCAAGUUAGAUGGCCUCUUCUGCGGACACUAUGGAGAGCACUUCGGUGGUCUAUCUUGUCCACAAUACCAGCUCGGCUCAGCUACAGCGGAUUCCUGUUCGCCCAGCCGUUCCUCAUUCGUCGAGCCACUGAUUACCUAGCUCAGCCACGGUCAGAAAAUGAUAUCGGUUACGGUCUCAUAGCAGCUACUGGUUGUAUUUACGUUGGAAUAGCGAUAUCGACCGCUCUCUACAAGCAUCAGCUCUACCGGCAUAUUACCUUAGCCAGAGGCGCCCUGGUCGCGCUCAUAUACUCUGAAACACUCUCCAGCGACCGGUCUCUGGAUGAUCCCUCCGCCGUCCUGACGCUUAUGAGCACCGACGUCGACCGGAUCUGCCAAAGCUUAGCUGUGCUUCCUGAUCUUUGGUCUCGACCCCUGGAACUCGUCGCUGGGACUAUUCUGCUCGCAUUGCAGUUGGGGUGGGUGUCUGUCAUGCCGCUAAUUGUUGUUCUCUUCAGCAUCACUGCCGAUUCUAGAGUCACCGUGACGAUAGGCGGAAAAGUCAAGGUAUGGAACGAUGCGGUCCAACAAAGAAUCUCCUUAACGGCAGACGUAUUGGGGUCUUUGAAAAUCGUCAAAACCUUGGGUUUCACCCGACCCAUACAUUUGAUGCUGCAAAGCGAAAGACUGCGCGAAUUGCGCUUCCAGGUGAAAUUUCGUCAUGCGACUAUUUGGCUGAAUACCCUGGGAAACGUACCACCCGCUCUCGCUGCUGUCGUAACCUUCAUUGCAUAUGCCAUCAAGGCUAGAAUUGAGGGUUCUGCCUCACUGAACGCCUCUGACGCCUUCACAAGUCUUGCUCUCAUCUCUUUGGUUACAACUCCUGCCGCCGAGAUCCUGACAGCUUAUCCCGCUGGAGCUGCAUGUAUUGGCUGUCUCAGCAGGAUCGAGGCACAUCUACUGAAAUCACAAGCUGAUACACCAAGUCGAGACAGUACUGAACUGGGUGGUCUAUCGGAUCAGCCAAAAUCUGACGACUCAUGUAUAUCUCCUUCCGGCCUCAGAAUGCUAGAUGGUUCUCAUGAUAUACUUCGAAAUCUGGAUUCAAUUCUCUAUCCCGGAAGCAUCACGUUCAUCCUUGGGCCGAGCGGCUCAGCUAGAUCCAUAUUUUUGCGAGCUGUGAUGAGUGAGAUUAAUCACUCUGAACCAAUACAGUCAAGGGGUGGAAUUAUCUUGUGCGAAAAAACUCCAUGGCUCUUUACGGGUACUGUGCGGGAGAAUAUUUGCGGCAAAAAUAUUGAGUCUUGUGAUGAGGACUGGUAUCAGACUAUCCUUGUGGCAUGUGCUCUCCACAACGAAUUACUAUCGCUGCCACGCGGCGAUUUGACGCAUAUUGACGGGCAAGGUUCCAUUCUCAAUGGAGGCCAAAAACAGCGUAUCGUGCUCGCUCGUGCUCUGUACCAGCGGCCUCAGUUGAUUGUGCUUGACAAUUUAUUCAGUGCUUCCGGCCUCCAGACGCAACGAGUAGUGAUGAAGCGAUUAUUGGGCCAGGAUGGGCUGCUCCGAAAACUCCAUGCAACUGGGAUUAUUGUUGCCCAGACUGCACGCUAUGCAGAGAUUGCGGACAGUCUGAUCACGAUUGAUCGCGACAGAAAUGUCAGUUUGAUUCAGAAAACAGCCAAACUGCACGAUGGAAUUUUCGAGGCCGAUACGGAUGAACCCGAACACAUCACAGAAUUGAACACAACCGACGCUAUCGAAAAAGACAAAACCUUCAAAGUUGUUCCCAAGUCCGUCAUGGUCGAGAAACUUGGCCGCAAUGAGAGUGACUUCUCGGACUACGUUUAUUAUUUCAAAAGCAUGAACUGGGUGUGGGUGGUUUUGUUUUUCCUGUCGGCCACCGUACAGACAGUGUGCUAUUACAUGUCCCAGGUCAUCUUGCAGUGGUGGACCGCCGACGGUGGCCUUGAUUUUGCGAAGUGGACGCCCCCUUAUCUCAUUCUGGCAUGUGGCAAUGCCGUAUUUUACGGUGUCACUACCUGGGCAAUGUUCCUCAAGCUGGUGCCGGAAUCUGCGGCAAACUUGCAUCGAAUACUCCUCGAUACUGUCACGAACGCGACUUAUUUGUUUCUUGCAAAGGCGGACGUCGGCGUGUUGCUCAACAGGUUCAGUCAGGAUAUGACUCUGAUUGAGUCCCAGCUGCCCACUGGCGUGCUCUGCACCACCAUCUAUCUCUUUUGGACCGUUGGAUCUUUGGCACUGAUAUGCAAUGGAUCAAGAUGGAUGGCUCUGACUGUUCCCGCGGUCCUGCUUGCGCUGUUCCUUAUUCAGUGGGUCUAUCUUCGAACGUCUCGUCGACUCCGGGUUAUUGAGCUGGAACUGAGAAGCCCGCUGUAUUCCCAUUUCCUCGAAACAAUCAAAGGGAUCAGCAGUAUCCGGAGCCUUCACUGGGAGCGACAAUUUACGGAGACCAUGAUCAAGAAGCUCGACGACUCGCAAAUCCCCUACUACUUGCUCUACUGCGCACAAAGGUGGCUCCAACUGGUGCUAGACCUGGUCAUCGCCGCUCUGGCUUUGAUCGUGAUGACUCUGGCCGUCAGCCUGCGGACAUCCACUAAUCCGGGUUCUUUAGGUCUAUCUCUUAACAACAUCCUUAGCUUCAAUGAGAUUUUGUCUACUCUGCUUCAGUACUGGACACUCUUGGAGAUAUCACUAGGGUCGAUAUCGCGCAUUCGAGAGUUUGCAACCGAUACACCAGAAGAGAAGACACCAACAGCAAGCGCCCAAAUCCGGCCUACUUGGCCGAGCCACGGCAGUAUCGAGCUCCAUAACAUUACUGCGGGUUACAGUACGGCCAACAAUGCGCUCAUCAACAUCACAAUGUCAAUUCGUCCAGGUGAAAUGAUAGCGGUCUGCGGGCGUCCGGGGAGUGGCAAGACUUCCCUUCUUCUGACCAUAUCGAGACUGUUGGAUUUAUCACAAGGCUUGAUCAGUAUCGACGGCAUAGAUGUCAGCACCAUCGCUCACGCGAUGAUCCAAGAACGUAUCACCACCGUUCCCAGAGACACCUUUCUCGUCCAGCAGAGAACUAUACGGUUCAAUGUGGAUCCCAGUGGCGAGCAUAAUGACGCACAAAUCAUCUCAGCAUUGGCCAAAUUCUUUCUGUGGCCCACGCUCGAAAAGAAAGGCGGACUAGAUGCGAUGGUCACUUCCGAGUUGUUGUCCCAGAGCGAGAAGCAGCUCUUCAGCCUGGCUCGGGCCAUCCUCCGCAAGAGCAAACACGACAACGCCGGCAACAACAGCAACAAUCGAGAAAAGCAGAAACACCCCGAACCCAAAGGCGUGCUGCUCCUCGAUGAGCCGACAAGCCACUUGAGCCCGGCCCGCGCGAAGGCAGUGUGGCGUGCGAUCCGGGACGAGUUUUCCGGGUACACGAUCGUGGCCGUUGCGGGACCGCAUCAGCGGCUCGACGCUGUGCUGAACAGUGACCGCGUCGCCGUCCUGGAGGGCGGACGGCUGGUGGAGUUUGAUUGCCCUGGCGCCCUAUUCGCGCAGCCUUCGGCGCUGAGGAGGCUGUAUGAGACGGGUGCGAGGGAAGAAGAAGAAGAAGAAGAAGAAGAGGGGGAGGUGGAGGUGGAGGAGCUGUGA